AUGCAUUUGAUCAAUACUACACCAUUCGCUACUACAAUCAAACACGGCAAGAAGAACCUCUACCAGCUGGCAAAAGCCAUCCGGCCAUGGGUGAAUUCAAAGAAAAAGCUAGCCAGGGCCGCAGCAAACUCAGCCAUGAUGGAAUUUCAUGAGCGACCGCCAUGGAGCCGGUUCACAUUUCCAGAAGUCGAAUCCGAUGAUGACCGGAAAUCCUGGUACAAAGGGGACGAGAAGAAGUUUAUGUCUCGCGGGAGUCUCCCUAGCGAUAUUGACACUGAUGACGAUCAGGAGUCAUGGUAUGAAGAGGAUGAGAAGUUUUUCGACAUCGAGGAUAUGCCUCCUCUGAAGAUUGGGUUUACUGGGUUUGAUGAAGUGUAUCAAGAAGUCCUUCGUGAGCAUGAAGCUGAUAUAAAACGAUUGGACAAAGAGGCUGAUCGAUUGUUUGAGAUUCUUUAUGGGUGA